UAGCGCUGUUCCCGAAGGCAAAGCUUUAAAUCAAGCAGAGAGCGAAAGUUGACGCGUCAUGCUGAUAAAAGUGGAUCAUAAUCGUAAACAUGGCAAUGAACGCACAAGGCAGGCCAUUCAGACGCAAUUGAUAAGUCGCGAUGGAACAGGCAGCAUCCGAGCGGUUCGUGCUGUACGGUGGUGAUCUGCGCAACAGUAUCGAGGCUGGGUGCAAUUCGGUGGGCGAGCUGAUCGUAAAACGACUGUACCGCAAUGGGGAUGAAGUGGCACUGAUCGAUGGUGUCUCGGGAGCAACGCUCACGUACCACCAGAUACUGGCCCAUUCGCUCAAGCUGGCCAAUCGUUUCCAUCGGCUCGGCAUCAAGCGUAACAGUGUCGUUGGCAUCUGCAGCGAGAAUAGUGUUCAGUUCCCGAUCAUUACGUUCGCCACGCUGAUGCUGGGCGGAACGGUGCUACCCAUCAACUACGGCUACAGUGAGGUGGAGCUGCAGCAUGUCUUACAGCUCACCAAACCGAUCGCUCUGUUCGCCUCGCAGCAACCACUGCAGAAGAUCGUCGCGAUACGUAACGUUCUUCCCUCUGUGAAGCUGCUCGUUUCACUCGGCAAGCAACGUCCGUCACGUGGAAUUGCUCUGCUGGAAGAUUUCUUCGACAACAGCCCACCGGGAAGCUUGCACAGCUUCACGCCCCAGCCCGUGCCGCUCAGGCAGCAAGUCGCCGUAAUGGUAAUGUCCUCGGGGACGACCGGCCUGCCGAAAGCGGUCCAGCUGACGCACCACAACGUGAUGACGGUAAUGGCGUACCAGGCGGAAGAUCCGCGCUACACCGAGCUGCCCGUACCGGUGCGCGUGCUGGGCCUGCUGCCGUUCUACCACGUGUUUGGCUUUAUGCUUUCGCUCAACAGCUGCCUGAACAAGGUGCCGAUGGUAGUGUUGCCCCGCUUCGAGCCGGACCUAUUUCUGCGCACCAUCCAGAACCAUCGUAUCACGAUGGCGAGCCUCGUUCCGCCGCUCGUUGUCUUCCUGGCGAAAAGCCCGCUCACGCAGGGCUAUGAUUUGAGCUCACUGCAUGCGCUGCUUUGCGGAGCCGCUCCGUUAAGCCGAGAGAUAGAGGAACUCGUCCAAUCGCGUCUACCGAAUGUGCAAACGGUCCGCACCGGGUACGGUAUGAGCGAAACGUCGCUCGGCGUAAUAUCGCGCAUGAACGAUAAGGUCGGUUCAGUAGGGAAGGUACACAAGACGACGUACGUGAAGGUGGUGGACCUGGAGACGGGCUGUGCGCUAGGUCCGAACCAGACGGGCGAGAUCUGCGUCAAGGGUCCGCUGGUGAUGAAGGGCUACCUGCACAACGAUCGUGCCACAGGGGAAAUAAUCGAUGCCGACGGUUGGCUGCAUACCGGCGACGUUGGGUAUUAUGAUGAGGAGCAGGAUUUUUUUAUCGUGGACCGAAUCAAGGAUCUAAUCAAGUACAAGGGCUUCCAAGUGCCGCCGGCCGAGCUGGAGGAUGUACUGCUUAGCCACCGGCAAGUACGCGACUGUGCCGUCGUCGGUGUACCGGACGAGAUGGCCGGUGAACUACCGGCUGCUUUCGUAGUGCUACAGGCAGGGGAAAGCGUUACCGCGAACGAAAUUGAAAGGUACGUGGCGUCGAAACUGUCUCCCCAAAAGCAGCUACGAGGCGGUGUCUUUUUCCUGGACGAAAUACCCAAAACAGGCAGUGGUAAGAUUUUGCGCCGUCAGCUUCGAGACGCAUUGUUCGAGCGAAAAGCUAAGCUAUGAUAUCGGGAUUCUAGAGACAUAGUUUCGCUAAUUUUUGUUAAAAUGACAUGUUAAAAAAGUAAAAAAAUGAUAGAAAUCGUCAUCCUCCAAUG